CUUUCCCCUCCAUCCAAAAAAAUACCGAGGACGCAUCUCACCACUUCUUAACUCUCGGCUGGAAAUUGUGCCCUCAGACAAUAAUUUGAUCGCAACAUCCCUCCCCACGCUUUUCUACUCCCCAAGAGUUUGCUUCGAGCUUAGCUCAACGUCGUCGCUGUCAUCAUGGCCGAUUCCCUCACCGAGGAGCAGGUUUCCGAGUUCAAGGAGGCAUUCUCUCUGUUUGAUAAAGAUGGCGAUGGACAAAUCACCACCAAGGAGCUGGGCACGGUGAUGCGAUCCCUGGGGCAGAACCCGUCCGAGUCCGAGCUGCAGGACAUGAUCAACGAGGUCGACGCUGAUAACAACGGCACUAUUGACUUCCCAGAGUUUCUCACGAUGAUGGCCCGGAAGAUGAAGGACACGGACUCCGAGGAGGAGAUCCGUGAAGCGUUCAAGGUCUUUGAUCGUGAUAACAAUGGCUUCAUAUCCGCUGCCGAGCUGCGCCAUGUCAUGACUUCCAUCGGCGAAAAGCUGACGGACGAAGAAGUCGACGAGAUGAUCCGAGAGGCGGACCAAGAUGGCGACGGCCGGAUUGACUACAACGAGUUCGUUCAGCUCAUGAUGCAGAAAUAGAUUAAUGAUCCUUAGCCCAACACUCUCACGCCGCUCAUGCCACGGCAACUAACCGGCCCUUCCCCUCUCGGAUUUUACUUGUUCUCCUGUUCUGGAUGGAUUCCAAACGUGUCCCCUAAAGGGACCCGGCGUCGACCCUAGGGGAGACGUCGAGCGAUUCUCUUGAAGUUGGCCAUGGAUCAUGGAGGAUUGGGAAGGAGACUGGAGGUGACGGAUCUGGCUGGCCGGGCUUUGCUUUGCAUUUCUCGCCCAACAAGCGUGUCUAUUGCUAUCAUUCUCCUCACUACCUCAACCGGCCGAGCUUUUGAUAGUAUUUUCUGUCGAGAAUAGGUACAGCAUGUUCUUCGACUCGCCACUAAUUCGCAUACGUGAUUAUUAAA